CCCCGCGCCUCCUGGACGGUGAUCCCAUCUACACCGUCCGCCGUCUGAUGGAUGCCCGGCGGCGGGGGCGUGGGAUCCAAUACCUGGUGGACUGGGAGGGCUACGGUCCCGAAGAGAGGAGUUGGGUUCCACGUCGCCACAUCCUGGACCCCUCUGUCAUUCGGGAUUUCCAUCGCAGCCAUCCUGAUGCCCCGGGUGGACCGCCCGGUGGCGUUCCUAGGAGAGGGGGUCCUGUCAGGGCCCCACCUCCCUGAGCUGUCUCCCCUUCCCUUUUGUGUGUCUCCCUUGCCUCUGCCCUUUUGUGUCUGUGUUGUUUGUAUCCGUCCAUCUCUUUUUGUUCCCCAGUGCCCUGAAUCCCCACUUCCAGUGAAGGCACCCCGGCACCAAGGCUGCUGCAAUCACUGCUCAUCUUCCACACCUGCUCCAGUCCACGCACCUGGGACUGAUUGCCACUCUCCCUAUAUCAGGGAGAGGUCUGCUUUCAGUCCCCGCCAGAUAAUUGUCUCAGCCACACGCCGUUCACCCUCCACCACCGGUCACUGCUUUUGUUCCCUCUCAACUGGAUCUUCUGCUUGGACUCCUCAUGCCGACCUCUGCCUUGCCCUCCGUGCCUCUGGACCCCCAGCCUGUCAACGACUAUCCUCGCCAGCCAGCGUGACAGGAGAUAUAUGUGGCUGA